AUGUCUUACUCCCCGGCACAAAGGUUUCUCUGCCGACGAACUAAGUCUAACUUACCAACAUCUGAAUCAUUGUUAAGCCAAUCUGUGCCACCUGUAAACGUAGUCCGUGGCGAGCAUCUGGGUAGGCGAGCUAAAGUCAAAGCUCAUUAUGGCAAAACUGCCAGCAGAGACUUACCCCCUCUUACGCCUGGACAGUAUGUGUACACCAGGCCAAAUGACCAUCACCAUGGUGAACAGUGGUGUCACGGUGAAGUCUUGGGCGAAGUAACACCACGCUCGUACGUGAUAAAAACGCAAGACGGGUUGGUUAGACGAAACAGGAUCCACGUAAGACCUAAUGAGCGCCAGGUCCCAUGUGACCCACAACCCUUGCCAGAACAACCAGUAAUAGAUAGUGGUGUGGAUGUCGGAAAUUCUGCGGAAACCAUAGUGCCCAACCCCACUUCCGAGUCCACGAAUGAGAAUUCACUUCCACCAGUGCAAACUUCGCGUUAUGGCCGGCCAAUUAGACCACCAAAGAGACUGGACCUUUGA